AUGACGGAUGCCGCAGGGAGAAAGCUUCUCUUGAUUAAAGCCACCAACAGCUGGGACACUGGCACCUUCAAAUCCAUGGCAAUGUUUCUAACAGGACUGUUCCAAUCCCAGAGCAGGGUUGCAGACAUGCAUGUGGACACUGUCUUUCUUCUGUGUCCGCUGAUUUUUGCAGCCGUGUGGAGGGGGGUCCAGGCUGUCUCUCCUGCGCCCUCAGUCCCUGACCGUGUCCAGGCUCUGGUGGGAUCCUGCGUGGUGAUUCCCUGCUCUUUCACUCCUCUAGCUCCUCAUCCUCUCAGGGGGAGGAAGGACAGGAUGGACGUCCGACUGAGGUUCAGAGGCGGUGGCCAUUUAUUCUCUCUGCGGAGCACUGCCUUCAACAGCGAGGACAGGAGUCAAGUGAGCAGGGAUUUCCAAGGCCGCGCAUCCCUCUUUGGGCGAAUCGCAGAUGGAGACUGCUCGGUGAAGAUCGAGAGGAUCAGCCUGGACGACUCACGCAUGUUUGAGGUGGCUCUGAAGACAGGCGAUGACUUACUCUGGGGAAAAUCAAGCAGCUUCAAUUUGGAUGUAGUUGACGCUCCUGAGGCUCCGAUCAUCAGCGGAAGGUCGGCAGCCACAGAAGGAGAGCUGGUCACCUUGAACUGCUCCGUCAGCUAUCACUGUCCCUCCAGACCUCCAACCCUGAAGUGGAGCUGGGAGAGAGGAGUCCAGCCGAACAGCACCAAGCCUGGGGAGGUGCUGACACUCCGUCCGGACCCCCACAGGCUGAUGUUACUGGCCCCGCUGUCGUUUAUUGUGUCACAACAGGUGAAGCCCAGACUCAGGUGCCAGGUCACCUUCCCUGGAGCCAGAUCAAUGGCCACUACGAAGGAUCUACACAUUACUUUUCCCCCAAAAGAGGUGAAGGUGCAGGUCCAGUCCUUGACGGUGCUGGAGGGGGGGAAUGCACUGCUGGUUUGCUCAUGUAAAGCUGAUCCUCCAGUGUCACAGUACCACUGGUCCUACACUCAACACGGCCACACGGUGCACCUCCAUCAGCGCACACACUCAGUCCGGUUGUACAACGUGACUCGAGACAUGAAGGUCCGCUGCUCCGCUCACAACCUGAUUGGUCGAGGAGAGUCCCGCCCCACGCCAUUGAACAUACAAUAUAAACCAGCCAUCGUCCAACUCUCCUCCACCUGUGUCGUAGAGGAGUUUGAGGUGUUGUGUCGGUGUUCGGUUACAUCCAACCCCAAACCUGCGGUGACCUGGAGCGUUAACGGAUCGGUUCCCCCUCAUGAUUACAACGUGUCGGUGACAUCAGAGCCUCACGUACUAACUGCGACUCUGAGGGGCCACAUGGACCAACCCCUCACUGUGAUCUGCUUUGCUUUCAACGCUCUGGGGAACGACUCCCUGGUUUUGCUGCAGGGUGGAGAAGUGACAGCAGCUCUGUGGUGGUUGGUGAUUCCUGCUGUGUCCAUCUGCUCGCUCAUAUUCCUCCUGUCUCUUCUUUUCUGCUGCUGUCGGAGGAGAGCUGGAAAAGAGGUCCUGAGCAGGAGUCCAGCUGUUUACCCUGAAGGACUGGGGAUCUACCAGGACAGGAUGCCUCUCUAUAUUAACUGCACAGAAGUGACUCACAUCUACACCAACGGCAGCUACCAGCUCGUUUACCAGAACUGCACACCUCAUUUUGUCCAUAACAACCAGAUUCGUCCAAUCGGCAGAAGAGGAGGAGAGAAAAGAAGAGGAGGAGGAGGAGAGGGAGCAGGUGUCAACAGACGAGUCGCUCUCGGAGUCAGAGGCACAGGAGAGGUGCAGAGUGUGGCCGAGGCAGAAACUGCCAUUUACCUUGAGAUCCUCUGAGUCACAUUAUUCAACUGUUACAUUACUUCAGACUCUACGAACGGGAAUGCAUAUGUUUAUAGCUGCUGGUUGGUUGUAUAUAGUCUGCAUCCAAAUGUCAACAGCAUUUUAAAAUCAUGCCCAGUGAUCUCUUGGUAAUCUAUUUCUAUAAUCUCCAUAUUC